AUGGUGGUCAAGGAGUUGAAAAAGCCACAACGAAAAUGGAACCUUGGCGCCUGUUUGGUAAAGGUCGUUUAUGUGAUUACCAUUGGGUAUUUCUCCGUACGAGUAUUUUUCCUCAAUUCACACAUCAUCAGUCUUCAUAAUACAACUCCUUUGGCUGGAAGUCUGGAAUCGUUCAUGAAUCUUUCGGAAGCAUUUACCGCAUCAGCAUCCUCCUCGUAUUCCUCCUUUAUCUCAUCGCCGCAUCAUGCUGCCGUCCACGAACGAAUAGGAGCUUCCUCAUCGGCAGCAGCAGCACUAUCAGCCGAGGACCACUUUCUUCAUUUACCAAAAUGGAUGCAGGAAUAUUUCACAUGGCACAAGCAACAAAGAAGUCAACUCACACCAGAAACUUGGAACAAGAACAAGUACCUCAUUUUAGGAUGCCGGAAAAGGCAUCGUUGCGGUGGAUUGUCCGAUCGUAUGAAACCAUUGCCACUGUUUAUUCUAAUUGCCAAUCGGACUCAACGAAUAUUUUUGAUUCAUUGGGACAAGCCCGCCGCCUUGGAAAAAUUCUUGCAACCACCAAUGCAGGGUGCGAACUGGUCCAUGCCCGAAUGGAUGGUUCAGAAAAUCGACCAUCACGAGAUUGAUCAAACGCUGAAACGAGGUGAAAAGGCCCUGACCCAUUUGGGAGAAGAUGGUACGACGGCCGUGUACACACAGUUGCAAGACUUUCAUGGUGGGAGCUUUAUUUACGACGGACUGAUUGCGGCGACCUAUGAACAGCAGGACGCGGAUGAUGAAACUGUCAACAACAAGGCUCCUGCUGCAGACAUGAAAAAGACGCAUAACGAUCGAUAUCAUUUGAUUUAUCAUGAUUUGUUUCGGUACCUUUUUGAACCAUCACCGCCAGUAUCAGUCUUGAUUGACGAACAAAUGAAAAAGCACAACCUGAUACCCGGAGAAUAUUCCAUUGCACAUUAUCGGGCCUUUUAUGCCAAAGAAGACAAAAAGGACAUUUUCUCGGACGAACUCUUGCAAAAAGACGCCAUCAAUGUGGCCAAUUGUGGAUCUGAACUUCGACCAGGAGGUCCAAUCUACUUUGCGUCCGAUUCCAGGGUGGCAGUCCAAGCUGCCGUCUCCUAUGGGAAGGAACACAACCGCACCAUUGUAGCCUUUGACGGUCCAGAACCAGUGCAUAUUGAAAAAGAAUGGGAAGGUCGAAACGUUUCCGAGUUUUAUUCCAUCUUUGUGGACUUGUAUCUCAUGGGGAAUGGACGGUGCGUGGCAUUUGGCCGUGGUGGCUUUGGGCGAUACGCCCUGAUGAUGGGAUACAAUUCGACAUGCGAGUUACGGUAUCUGUACAAGGGGCGGAAGAAAAGUUGCCACUGGACGAACCUGGGACCAAAUGGAGAACGAGUAUAUCCAAUGAAUUAA